AUGGAUAUGGAUUCACAGUCCAAACCUGGAAAGAUAAGUAUCUCUGAAAGGUCCAUCCUUUCAGGAAAAAAGGCUGUUGAGAAUAUAGAUUACCCACACUACCAUAAUCUCUUAAGGAAAAUGAACAUGCCUUUUGUGAAAGGAGUUGAAGACAGACAUAACUAUGGCAGAAUUGAAAAGAAAUGCAACCCUACUUUUCUUAAAUUUCACCCUUAUCCCCCUUCCAUCCUGCCAGACUACCAUUUACACUAUCCUUAUCCCCCACCAUAUGGGCGAGAUUAUCCAUUAUUUCCACUUCGGGAUGAUGUGCCCUUGGGUGAUGCCUGUUCCGGGUUUUUGAGUCCUGGUGGCGAUGCUGAUUUAAAGCCCGGCAUUGGCAGAACCAUACCAAGCCUGGUGGAUUCCAGUGAUGUGAAACCGCAACAUCGAGUUCCCAGGCCAGACACAGGAUUUCAAACAACACUGAAAAGGCAAAACAUUUUAUUAGAAGAACUAAAACAGGACAGGAUAUGGAAUUCCAGGGCAAUACCAGACAUUUCCAUCAGAGCAAGACUUGGAGGUUGGACAAGCCCACUCAAAGUUACUCCUUUACCACCUCGUCAUGAAGCAUGCUCAGUAAAUCACACGUUCUCAUUUGAUGAAGAAGCAACAUGUACGGAGGAUGGAGAACCGCUUUUACAACCAAAUGGAAAAUACAGUGCAAAGGACUCAUUUUACAAGUCCUCGACUCAAAAAGCUUAUGAAGUUGUUCCUUGGGACAAGAUGCUACCACCGAAACCCGACCCAGAAGAAACAACAGUGGAAAAAGCUGCUGACCUGAUUUCACAGUGUUUUACACUGAAAAGAUAUGAAGGGGCCCCAUCAAUAACCCAGAUGGUUGGUGGACUCUGGGACAGAUUUCAAACAAGAUCUUUCCUGACACUGGUCAAGCCAGUUACUUUCGUGAGUCCAAGUUCCAGAAGCAAAUACAUUCCUCUUUAUACUGGUUACGUGCAGUCCACAAAUGCUGAUGACGUGGACAACCCCUUCGGAGACAUCACAUCUGUCGCCAAGCCUCGGACCUCUAAAAUGCUCUAUACAAACACAAGUCG